AUGGAAGUCGCCCGCGACGAAGCUCAAGGCUCAGCAAACGCUAGGGUGCUUUCCACCACAGUGAUCACCAUGGACAUGACAUCUCAAGCAGAGCUGAGCAUUACGCCUGCUGGAGGCCAGUUUUCACAAGACGGUCAACGCGCUACAUCGGAACCAACCAAGGCAAGGAUUCCAUACAAAAUCAGGCUUCUACUCGCCAACUCGCGCAUGCUACUGCUGGGGUUGUUCCUCAUGUACCUCACCUCCGCGAUACUCUCCCUCGCCACCGGAUUCUUCAGCAUCGAUAACUUCAUAACACCUCGAAUUAACCGAGUGGUAGACGAAUUCAAUCUGCAGUCAGCCACCAUGCACGAAGAGCAAAUAUUGUACGGUCGCUUGGAUAGACUUCUCUCUAGCCAGCUGAGCCGUGGCUUCAUGGAGACUCACGAAGACUGUCUCAUUCGUGGUCUGAAGAAGGUCAAUGAUGAAUCCUUCGGGCUUGGCUUUCAGGACCCUCAUAUGCGUGCGCGGAUCAUGUACUGGACAAUGGGUAGUUGUGGUAGACUUCAGUACACGCCACAGGUGGUGAUACAUGAUGCAACCCCACAACAAGCUGUGCUCAGGCCCUGGGCAAAUGUACGAUAUCGCUCCCGUCGUAUACUCGGGGAAGCACUAGAGGUCGUGAGACUGAAGACCCGUUCGAUCUGGAAUCGCUUCUUCGGCGGUAUCUACCUCAUAAAUGGCUCCACCUCCACCCCCACUGUACAUGUUUCUGACGGUACGGAUACUGGCGAUACGUCCUCGUCAACCCGAUCCCUUUCCAAAGUGCCAUUUGGAUUCGCCCUGCACUGCGAGUCCUCCCAGCCAUGUCGCCUUGUUUACCUGCCCGUAUCCUCGGAUGAAACGUUCGCUUUGUCGGGUCGCGCAAAGGCCAUUGCGAAACUUGAAUGCCGGCUUAGGAAAUUGGCAGCCUUGAAGGCCAAUCUUGAAAACUGUCUAUCGUUUACACGGUACUUGGAGAAAGUUCUGACCUUCGUGAGCUUAGCUUCCUUAGGGAUCGAAAUGGCGGCCCUGGUCGGUGUGGCUUCGUACAUGGCCGCUACCAAGAAAGCCGCAACUGAGCUCACUCAAUUCCUCGGCUUAACAAAUGCAAGAGACAAGUACACAAUCAAGACUAUCGGCUUCGGUCUUGCUCUGACCUUGGUUGAUCGCCUAUACAUCAAGUACUCAGAGCACCUCGGAUGCAAAGUAUCGGUGCUUGUUUUUGGUCUCUUCUCUUUAUUUUCGGGCUUCAGCAUGCUUCUGCGGUUCUUCAUUGCACCCAACUCAUGGCUUCCGGACAUCUUUCAAUUCUGCAGACUGGUCAAGGAGCUCUAUCUGAUCACGCGAGGCUGCGAACUACCUGACGGAGAGGAUCAUCGUUCAGAGCUUUCUUCCGCGGCUGUCAUGAACACUGAGGCUCCCGAACCCAAAAUCACUGAAUGUCAACCUACAGGGACAGAAAUGCAGUCUGAUUCAUCUAACCACCAUCGAAGGAAUCAAUCCUUCAAAUCGCACCGUCGUCCAGUGUCUCCCAUCACAUCACUUACGGAGGAUUUCAAGACUCAUGAAAAGAUGCUCCAAGAAGUGCUGAAGGAGGUGACGAGGCUGCAAGUCAUGAAAUAUGACGUGGAGUCUGAUUAUGGUAGUGACAUCGAUACUGAGUCUGACUCCGAGCCUGGUACUGAAGACAGCGGUUUCGUCGACCUGGCUGGUGGCGUUACCCCCCAACUUACGGACGCAGAAUCCGGCUGGUCUGUGGUGGAUGUGUAG